AUGUUUGACUGCCUUGGUGUGGGUGUGGCAGCAGCAGCAGCAACAGCAGCCUCCGCUAUCUCUCCUGCUUCGGUGCCCCAACCGCUCCCCGCGCUCCCCACGCUCUGCGGUGCCUGGAAGCCGGCUCCCGGCCCCGGCAGCAUGAGAAGCCUCUCCCUUUUGCUCCCGUCUCGCUUCCAAGCCUUUACCAAGUGUCUUCUGAUCCUUGGCCUCAUUGGGAGCAGCAGCAGCCACCAGGCCUGUCCCCUGGGUCAGUUCCCUUGUGGUAAUACUACCAUCUGCCUUCCUCAGCUCCUUCACUGCAAUGGCCGUCAAGACUGUGCCAAUGGGGCUGAUGAAGAAAACUGUGUGGACAGAAGUGGGUGGCCACACCUCUUGGACCUGCUUCAGAGAACAAAGGGAGGUCGAAUGAGGACUGAAGAGAGACUACAGGAGUGCAGACUGGAGUUCUACCCCAAGGGAUGCAAGUGCUGGGGGCACACAGUUGACUGCAUGGCUCAAGGGUUGAGCGGAGUACCCAUGGAUUCUGACAAGAACAACGUGUCCCUUCUGAACCUCCAACACAAUCGAAUCCACCAGCUUCAGGACAAGCAGUUCAUUGGCUUCCAGAGCCUGGAGGGGCUCUUCCUGCAGAACAACGAGCUCCAUUCCAUAGCCCCCGGGGCAUUUACUGGCUUAGCUGAGCUAAGAAAGCUCUUCCUGAGUCACAAUCGGAUCCACUCCCUGGCUCCAAGACUCUUCCAGGACCUCUGCCACCUGGAAUGGCUGAUGCUGGACAACAACCAGAUCACCGAGUUGCCACCUGACACCUUCCUGGGACUGAAGUCUCUGUACUUUCUAAUUCUUCGGGGGAACUUGAUCAAAACAAUUGAGGAAGGGACCUUUGCCGAGCUUCCUCGCCUGGUGGAGCUAGACCUGUCCAACAACCUCCUGACAGAGAUGCCUCCGUCGCUGUACCAGGGCCUCCAAGACCUGCAGAUGCUGAACAUCUCUGCCAAUCCUCUGAAGCAGAUCCCUGUGGACCACUUUGACAGCCUCCCCCAGCUGCACUCACUGAGCAUGGAGGGCAUGGAGAUCCCCAACAUUCAGAACCGAAUGUUCCAGAAACUGGCCAACCUGUCCCACAUUUACUUCGACCACUUUCAGUACUGCAGCUACGCCCCCCACGUGCGCAGCUGUCAGCCCAACACUGACGGCAUCUCCUCCUUGGAGAACCUGCUGGCCAACCUGCUGCUGCGUGUCUUCGUCUGGGUCAUCGCCUGCACCACCUGCCUGGGCAACCUCUUCGUGGUGUGCAUGCGCUCCCUCAUCGUGCCCGAGAACUUCCAGCACGCCAUGGCCAUCAAGUGUCUGUGCUGUGCCGACUUCCUCAUGGGCAUUUACCUGUUCUUUAUCGGCGCCUCUGACCUGCGCUACGCUGGCGAAUACAACAAACACGCCCAGGCUUGGAUGGCCAGCUCCCAGUGCCAGGCCGUGGGCUGCCUGGCCAUGCUGUCAUCCGAGGUCUCUGUGCUGUUACUCACCUACAUGACGCUAGAGAAAUACAUAGGCAUCGUCUUUCCUUUUAGCCGCUACCGAGCCGGCCGCAGGCAGACCCUCGCCACUCUGGUGGCCAUUUGGUUAGUGGGCUUCACCAUCGCUGUGGUGCCCUUCUGGAGCCGAGGCCCCUUCGGCAAUUACUACGGCAGCAAUGGCGUCUGCUUCCCUCUCCAUUUUGACACUACUGAGAGCGCCAUGGCCCAGCACUACUCCACUGCCAUCUUUCUAGGGGUCAACCUGAUUGCCUUCAUCACCAUGGUCGCAGCCUACAGUAGCAUGUUCCACUCGGUCCGUGUCUGCCGUGCCCGCUCAGCAGAGCCCGGCACCUUUUCUCGGGAGGUCUCUAUUGCCAAGCGCUUCUUCUUCAUUGUCUUUACCGAUGCCCUCUGCUGGCUUCCCAUCUUCCUCCUAAAGCUGCUGUCGCUGCUGCAGCUGGAAAUCCCAGGCACAAUUACCUCCUGGGUGGUCAUCUUCAUUCUGCCCAUCAACAGCGCCCUUAACCCCGUCCUCUAUACCAUCACCACGUCACCCUUCCAGGAGAGACUGAAGCAGUGUCUUCGGCGAGAGAAUCAUUCUCUCCCCUCCUCCCAAUCCACAGGCCCAAGCUUCACCCUGGUGCCGCUCCAAGCCACUAGAGACCUGUUGGGCCCAGUGGCCCAGCACACAGGGAGGACUGCGUUUGGGCCUCAGGACUGAAAGAGGGUGACAUAUGGGGGGAGGGGGGAGAGAGUGUCUGUGUGUGUGCUAUGUGUGUGCGUGUGCAUGUAUGUGUGUGCAUGUAAGCACACAUGUGCCUGUGUGUGUGUGUGUGUAUGUAGAGGGGAGAGGGAAUCAGGGACCCAGAUCAGAGAUGGCAUUGGCCCUGAGCAUGGCCCCCAAACUGGGACCCGAGUGCUCUGGGACUGAAUGGAAGAACCAUGAUGGGGAAAGUGCCCCCUCUCCUUGCCAUGGCGGGUCCUCAUCUCAGCAGAAUGGCCUCGUGUCCACUGGACAGCCCAAGGACGAGGGGCACAAGGGAGGGAGAAGGAGAGGUCAGGCAUUGGCACCCCUGGGUUCUGUCUCAUCUCAAAGUCACACAUACUCACUUGGAAGAUGGGAACGAAGACCCAGACCUGCCCCAACCCAAACACACACCCAAACACACACACACACACACACACACACACACACACACACACACACACAUGCACACAUGCACACACAGCUGUCUGGAACCACUAAGGUCGUGUUUGUUUGGGGUGUUUUGGGACCCUCAGAUUAGAGGUCAGAGAAGAGCCCAGAAAUCUUUUUAGCCCCUGGUCCCACUGUCAUCAGACCCUACUCCAAAGACUCUGUUAGGGGAUGGGAGAACAAGGAAGCGCUCCAGGCCUUCCCCCCUGACCUCAGACCAGGCUGGUACACUCCUACUCCCACAUCCCAGGACUUUCUCCCAAUAGAUCCUCCCCACAAACCACCCCCUGACAAUAGGCCACCCAUCUCCCUGUUUAUCUUCCCCUCACCAGCCUCAUUCCCCCAAUCUUACCCACUGUCCCACCCCAUGCCAUCCUGGCCUCAGUCCUCCCUUGUUCUCUUACCAAAAAUGGGGCAGCCACAUGGUAAUGUUGGGUGUCUAGCUAUAUCUAUAGCUAUAUAGAUAUGAUUUUUCAGUGGUGGGGUCACAGAUGCCCUUUUCACCCUUCCCCCCCCCAUCUGCCCAGUUUCCCACAAUCCCAUCCUCAGCUCCCUGGGCUGAGGCCCCUUGCAGAUAUCAUAGAGAGGAACAGUUACAGGGAGGCUCUACUCCUGACUAGAUAUGUGACCUUGUCAUUUCCUUCUCUGAGCCUCAAUUUCCCAAGCCACAGCCUGAGGGGGUUGGGCUUGCCUGAGGAUGCUUCAUUUCCUUCUGGCUCUGGUAUUCAGAGAGGUUUGGUUGAAAAAGAAUGAAACUCUGGCCACAUAUGGUUAUGAUCAGGUGGCCACUGGGGGUGCAGUCAAGGCCCCUCUGGAUCAAUAGAAGAGACUGGAGGGAGGGUUUUAAUCAAGCUAAAAACCUUGCCCUGGCCCCAUCAUCCAAGGAGAUCCUUAGGCCAAGAUGGCCUGCCUGUGGCAGCAAGUGGGCUUGAGGACACACACCUGAGCCUCUAGGUGUGAGCAGGGACAGUUCUCCCUUGCCUGGGGCACACUGAGCAUUAUUAGCACCCCCUGUCCCUGCAUAUCACUCAGGAUGGUGGAAUGGAGCCUCUGACUGUGGGGGUUAGGGCCCUGGGGACUCCUUUUGAGCACAUGCUGAACACAUCUGUCCUCAGAUUUCCUGGUAGCCUUGGAGGCAGGCUUUCUGCCUAGGUUUAAAUGUUGAUUACCACCUGUGUGACUUCAAGCAAGUCCCACCCCUGCCUUGGGCUCAGUGAAAAAGGCGGUGGUCCUGUGGGACCAACCCUUUCUUGCCAUGUUGCAGGGAGGGAAAAGAGGGGGCAGAGAGAGUCCCUGCUCUUUCCCAGAUGGGUUCUUCCCUUGGCUGCCCUGAUAUCUAGCUACCAGGGGAUAUUCUGAGCUCUCCUUUGAGGGGAGGAUGGAUGGAUUCCUGCCAGCCAGGACCCCUCCCUCCAUUUAUAACAUCAUGGAGCAUAAGGGAGAUGAAGAUGAAGAGGAAAGAGAGGCCAGAACAAGGAGAAAGAAUCCACCAGGCCCAGCCCCAGCCUGGGCAUGGGCGUCCUACCUCUGAUCUAGUGCAGCAAGGAUGGGAAAGGCAGAGGCAGGAGGCAGGACCAUGCUAGUGGCCAGCCGGAAGGCUACCCUUAUCUUCCUGGAAUGAACUGGGAUUUCCACCCAUUAUAAGUUUUCCUGCCCUCAGCUUCUGAAAUGGGGCCAGGGCAGGACCAGGACCUGGCUGGUUCAGGGUCCUUUGCCACACCUUCAGCAGGUGGUGUAGAGGAUGGACCCACUGUAGGCCAGACACUGUGUUAAAUGCUCUCCAGGAUCUCCCAGUUUAGUGCCCUAGAAGUGGGGUACUCAGUGUGGGCCUUCUGAACAGUGUGGUGCAGGGGGAGGGCCUGGCUUCCCAUCCCCCCUCACACAUGACUGCGUGACUCCGAGGAGGCUAUGCCAUCUCCCUGGGUAAAAUCAGGGGGUUGGCCUUGACAGCCCCUGGAGGCCCUUUCAGCUUCAGCUUGGUGUAUGAGCCUGGGGCCCUAUCCACCUGGAUGUUCCGGUUCAUGUCUUCUUGGCCAUCAAUGACUUCCUGCCAUCAGGGGUCCAGAUGUGCCUCUCUUGAUUCACCCACACCCUGCAAGUGGCCCCUGAGAAAAAGCCAACAGAGACCAGUGCAGAAUGGAAAGAAGUCAUUCCCCAGUGCCCAGAGGGGCACCCAGGAACAGGGAGAGGCCCCUGGCAUCUUGGCACAUUUGGGACAGCUGCAGCUGGUCUCCAAUAUGGGAGGGGUUCUCCAAGGUCUGCCUAGCAGCCAAGGCUCAGGGGCCCCCAGUCAGAAGGCCUCAUCCAGUAUGGGAGCUCCCAAAAAGGUGGGAGUGGAUGGGGGUCCCCUUCCUCCCAACAGGGGGACCCAACUGGGACUUUCCUUUGCUACAUGCUACAUUACCAUCUCCCUGGCCCCAGCACUGUCCAUCAUUCCAAAUCUACUGCCUGCCGACUUGGUACUUAAAACUAUUCUGAGGCCCUUUUGGGCAAAAUUGAUGCAGCCUCACCCUAACCAGUCUCUUCUCCCAUGAUUUCUUAUUGUCUGGGACACUUAUCAUGUGCCCUCCAGACCCCAGGCAAGUUCCCUCUUCCCCAGGAAACAUGCCUCGGCCACCCAGGACCCUGGUGACCACUAGCUCUCCCUCUACAUUCAGUUCAUCUUCCCUGACCAGCUGGCCAAGAACUGCAGAGUCCAGGGAGAAAAGCCCAGCCCUCCCCUCGCUGCUCUCAGGACACUCUGAAAGGACUGCUCAUCCCUGAGCAUUUCUUCUCCUUCUCCUACCCCCAUCCUGGCUCUGUUGGCCCAAGGCCUUCGGUCAAAGCCCCCGGGGAGGAGAGACGUGCUUUUAGCCCAGAGCAUGCUGUCCCCUCCAGACUGAAAUCUAGGCUGGGUCUUGGCAGCCAAUACUGAGGAGGCAAAACGCAAGGCAGGAUUUUGGAGAGGCGGGGUAGGAGGAGAAUAGAGGAGAAAGGUGGGGCACUCAGGGUCUCCAGGUAAGCGUGUCCUCAAGGGUGGGAGCAGGAGGCUUCGAGGCCAGGGGGCCAAAGAGGGGCCAGCCCAGCUGGCAUUCUGCUCAGACCCUACUGGGAGGUGGCUUGGGAUUUUGUACUGUGGGGGUGAGGGACCAGAACUCUGUAUUCGGAUGGCACUGUGUAUUGUGAGUUUGGGCUUCCAAAAAAGGCAGGUCCCUGCUGCAAAAUCUGUUCACCAAUGGGGAGAGGACAGAUGCCUGAAUCCAGGGAGAGAGAGCCCCACCUUCUGGUGAAAAUCAGAGAACAUCAGUGCUAGACAUGGGAUAUGGGAAUUCAGUCAGUCAGUCACCAAGGCCAGAUGCAGCGCCCCCUCUGUGCCAGGCACCGUGCUAAGGGCUAAGGAUACAAAGAAAGGCAAAAGCAAGGAGCUCCUGGGGGAGAGGGGAGACGGAAGGGAUGAGCUGCCAAUCCAUAGCUCUAUACAAGCCACACACAGAGCGUAUGGAGGAGCAUUCUCAGAGGGGAAGGCGCCAAGAACUGGACCAGGAGCAGAGAGCCUCCAAAGAAGCCAGUGACUGGCUCUGAUCGGAGCAAGUGAGGAAGCAGGGCAUUCCUGGCAUGGGGCAAAGGCAUGGAGGUGGGAGAUAAGAGCAUGGGGGGGGAGGGCAGAGAAUGAGCAAGUAGACCAGGCUGGCUGAAUCACACACGCCUUUUAGUUUGCUUUUGUCUUCACAUCCCCUCCCUUCAUUUCCCCUCUCUCAUCCCUUAGAACAAAGAAUAAUAAAGAAAGAGGGAGAAAAGCACAGUUCAGUGCCACUAACCACUACCCAGAAUCCAACAGUACAGGCAGUGCUCCAUACCCAUAGUCCUCCAUAGGUGCUUUCUCAUGUUUCUUCUUUGGUGCCCAGCUUGCUCAUUGUGACCACGUGGUGUUUUUGGUCAUUCCACUGACAUUGUUGUCAUGUGCUCUAGCUUCUGUGCCACUCACUUUGCCUCAUGUUACAGAAGUUUCCUCCUCAUAUUCCGUGUAGCCAUUCCCCAAGUGACGGGCAUGUUCUUUGUUUCUAGGCUUUUGUGCUGAAUCUUUUGGUGUAUAAGGGACCUUUCUUUUUCAUCAUGGACCUUCUUGGGGUAUACGUCUAGUCACUAAUAGUCACUUUCAUAAAGUAAUUCCAGAUUGCUUUGCAGAGUGGCUGGACAAGUCCAGUUCCACCAACUACGAAGCAACAUCCCUCUCUUUCUACAGCCCUUCCAACAUUGACUAUUCCCAUCUGUUCUCAUCUUUGCUCAUUUGUUGGGGGGGGGGCGGGGGUACAACUUCUGAGUUGUUUUGAUUUGUAUUUCUCUUUGUUAAUAUUUCAAAACAAUCUUUCAUGUGGCAAUUAGCAGUUUACAAUUGUUUCGAGAGCUAUUUGUUCAUGCCCAUCAGGGAAUGGCUUUUGAUCUUAUGUAUUUGUGUUAUUUGUUCCACGUGUAAAUUAGAUUUCAGAUCCUUAGUGGAGAUUUUCGAUGUUUUUUUUUUCUAAUUGACCACUUUCCUUCUUAUCCUAGUUGCAUGGAUUUUGUUUGUGCAUAAGCAUUUCUGUAAUUCUGUAAUCAAAAUUCUGUUUUAUCUUUUGUGAUCAGCUCUAUUGCUUAUUUGAAUAAACAUUUUCCCCACUUGUUGUAACUGUGAAAAGUA